CUCCACCAGCAGCACCAAGUCCACCACCACCAACUCCUCCUCCAGCAGCUAAUGUUGUAACAUGGAAUCCAUCACCGCCUCCACCAAGUCCACCACCACCACCAACUCCACCUCCAGAAGCUAAUGUUGUAACAUGGAAUCCUUAA